UCAAUAUAAUAAUAAUAUUUGAAAGGAAAAGAAAAAAAAAAUGAAAAGGGAGGUGCUAGAAGCACAGCACAAAGAGCACUCCAAUGGCGUGUUCCCCAAUCUCCACCGCCUUUCUCCCCAGCGGCGCGUAGGCCACGCCUCCACCGAUAAGGCGGACGCGCUGCCUCCGCCGCCGCGUGGAACCGACGGCGCAAGCAUUGAAGUCGCGCGUCGCCCCCGGGGGCGACCGCCGGGUUCGAGGAACAAGCCUAAGGCGGCGGUGCCGAUAGUAGUCGCGCCGGCCGUAUCGGAGCCUUCCAUGUGUCCCUACGUCCUCGAGAUCCCCGCCGGCGGCGAUGUGAUCGAAUCUGCGGUGAACUUCUGCCGGAGGAGGAACAUCGGUCUUUGCGUCCUGAACGGAAACGGCGUCGUCUCGAGCGUCACGCUCCGGCAGCCGUCCGCCGCAUCCGCACUCGCGUUUCAAGGUCGAUUCGACAUCCUGUCGAUUUCGGCCACUAUUUUGCCGGCGGGAGGACCGUCGCCGGCGGAUGGAUCGUUCGCGAUUUUUUUGGCCGGACCGCAGGGGCAGGUGGUCGGAGGUAACGCCGUCGGGCCUCUGGUCGCGGCGGGGACAGUCUAUCUAAUCGCUGCGACGUUCGAAAGUCCGUCGGUUUUCAGGCUUCCGACGGCCGACGGUGAGGAUCCGGCGGCGAGAGACGACCGCCAUGAGUCUCCGAAGGCGGUGUCCGGUGGAGACGGCGGUGGUGUUCCUGCGUACAGCUAUCAUCCACCUGACGUUAUCUGGCCGCCGACCGGUAGACAGCCGCCGCCCUACUGACGAUUCAAUUUUCCGCUUCUCAUUAUUCUUACACUCGCCGCCCCCGCUCCCCGCCGCGGCCCCCGCCAUCCCAGCCGCCGCCCCGCCCCAAAAACCGCCCUUGUCAGUAACAGAACAACUCACAUUGGUGUCGGAAGAGUAUCGGUCCAUGUUCGCCAGCGGCGAGUGGCGAGGAUGCAACGACGACCACGUCGAGGACGGGGAUGAGGCCGACGACGACGAAGAAGAAGACGUUGCGUCGGAAUCCGAAACGCUCCGACUCCGAGUGUUCCAGCAGCGGUUGUUACCGGCAGUCGUUGCGUCUCCCAGCAGCAUUUGAUCGAAGUGGUCGGUCGUGCUCGUCGACUCCCCAUUGCUGCUGUCUGUGCUGUAGGAUCCUAUCUCCGAGAACAACGAGGAGACGUCGCUGUCCGCCUCCGAUUUAGCUCGCCCGGGAUUACGGGACGAGCGGCUCCGGCACGCACAGGUGCGGCAUCCGGAUCCGCCCACGUUCCAUGGCCCGUCCGGGCACGAUCCCGGUUUACACGGCGGGUGGUCUCUCGGUUUCUUGUCCCGGAUCAUCGAGCUUCGGAUUGGUCGGGGGGCUCGGGGCGAGCACCUGAUCGAAAAAAUCAAUGUAAUUUAAGAUAGAUUAAAUCAGAGGCGGUACAGUCGAAAUGAACAAAGAAAAUUUAUAUUUCA